AUGCGCUGAGCUCAGGAGUCGCACAAGGCGUCCGUCACCCUCAUCAGGAAAUAACAGUGCAGGGAGAAUAACACGAUUAACAGAAGAAGAAGAAGAAAAAAAUAGAAAGGAAAUGUCGAGUUCGUGUUUUUUUUUAAAAAUUAUUUAAGUUAAAUUUUGGACGCGCUCUGAUUUGAUUGUUAAGGAUUUUUCUUUUAUUUCGGUGCGAGCUCUGCGUUCUCGGCGCCCCGCGUCCUUUAUGCACAGCACGCUGCUCCAGCCUGUAAAGCGGAGCCAGGCCGCGGGUGGAGACGGAGGAAGCAGCGGAGGAGGAGGUGGUGGUGGUGGUGGUGGUGGUGGAGGACCCGGAGCACGAAGCGCGGAGAUGGAGUCCAAAAUCCAAAAGGCGAUCGACUUCAAGCUGGAGGGUCACCGCUGCUACAAGGAGAAGAAAUUCCGCGAGGCUAUCGGCAAGUACCACCGCGCGCUGCUGCAGCUGAAAGGCGUGCAGGUGGCGGCGGGAGGAGGCGGGGGAGGAGUCGGCGGCGGCGGCGGCGGGGACGUGGAGCUGCUGAGCCGGGCCUCCGCCGAACAGCUCUCCGAGGAGCAGCGGCGCGCCGUCAGGAGCACCGAGAUCGAGUGUUACGACAGUCUGACAGCGUGUCUGCUCCAGUCAGAGCUGGUGAAUUACGAGCGAGUGAAGGAGUAUUGUUUGAAAGUCCUCGGUCAUCAGCAGGACCAUUUCAAAGCCAUGUACCGCGCCGGCAUCGCCUUCUACCAUCUGGGAGACUACGAUUGCGCCCUGCGCUACCUCCGCGAUGCCAAGAGCCGUGAACCCGCGGACACAAAUGUGCUGCGAUACAUCCAGCUGACGGAGAUGAAGAUGAGUAAGAGCGGUCAGCAAAUGCGGGAAAGCAACAAAGAGGCUCUGGGUUAAUCUUGGCCCAUUCCUCUGUCCAUUUGGCCAUCCUCUCCACAAAUCUCUCCCUCCUUUUCCCUUUCCACUCCUCGUACUAUGGACUAUCAGGACCCCUGUACUGUGCCCUUUAGUGAAGAUGGACUGCUUUUGGCACGGAAGCCCCUCAACCUACCCUCUCGCUCUGAAUCCUCUCUGUCCCUUUAAAACCAAACCGCCCCGGUGCUUUCAGUUUCCCAGGUACUGACUGACGAAAACGAUAAGGAAAAAGAAAAAAAAAUUAAAAAACACGACAAAGCAACAAGAAUCAAUGAAAGUCUGUAGAAAAAUUCACAUGGACCUGAUAAAGGACCUUAUACGUUAUUGGGGAGGUGAACGAGCAGUGAAGUGUAGCUAUAGAGAGGUGGAGGUGUAUUACAGUGUGGCCACCAUCCUUUUAACUAUAAAAGAGCACACAUAUCAAAGCCACAGUGCUGUGCCAGAAACAGACACUAAAUAGGGCCUAGGAUUAAGCAGACGACCUUUGAACUCAAACGCACUCCAUCGCACAUCUUCUUCUUCCUGGCUGAAGGGAGCAAGAGAGAAAAUGCAAUUCUGUUUUGCCGGAUUACUACUGAUCUCUUUGCCUGCGGUUUUAAUUGGAAUUUUAGUCCGUAUCUCUCUCUCUGUCUCUCUCGUUCUCUCUCUCACUUUCUCUCUUUCUCAAAUUCGGCUGUAUUUAAUCUCUUUUGAACUGUUUCAAUUCAAGGGCUAAUUCUGAGAUUCGUAAUUCGUCCUUCGAUUUUUUUUCCGAGCACGUUUUCUUUCUUUCCGCUGCUCGUUGUACAAUAGUAGCAUUUUGUUUUUACGCGAAUUUGUGAUGGUUUUUUUCCGUCUUUCUCCGAGCAAACGCUGCCCUGAACUUUAGAGCUCUUUUUGGCGAACCCAUCCUUUUCCUCGCAGUAAUGUCAGUUUGACCGUUAACAGUAUUUUUACCCAUGACAAAUCCUGCAGGGUUUUAUAAACAGAGUUCGAUAUCGUUCGAUAGUGCAGGCUUGCUCAUAUGCUUUAUGCUUUAUAUCGUCACAUCUGUAUUACUUUGUGCCAUGUAAAUUCAAGUGCCACUAUUAAUGACUUUUUUUUUUGUAAUGAGCUUUGCAUAUCAACUUUUAGUCCUCUUUUAUACAUUUCUCAAAAUUGUUCGUCCCUGCCUCGUUGUCGCAAAUUGAGCGAAAGAAAGCAAACGUCUGGAUAUGCUUUCGUUUUAAUGAUCUCAUCGGCUGGCAGUGGCUUUUUUAAGGCGUUGGGUUUAAUACCAUUUCCAUCAUUUAAACCUCCAUUAAUAUCCGCAGACCCAAAAGUGGAAGCAUUCAUAAUUAAUCUUGAUCUCCAUUCUUUUUUUUUUUGCUCUGCUACAGAAUGUGUCUGCUUGUUAAAUCACAGGUAGCCAUAUAAUUCGUGUCUAAAUGAGAGCUUCUUGGUGCAAUCGCUCUUAGUUUCCAGUUUGCAUCAGCCAGCGUGACUGGUCAGCUGAGACGUUGCUACGGAAGAGAUAACGGUGUCAGUGCGACUCUGAGGAUUUGGACGCGGAGAGACUCUGACGAGACGUAGGACCUGGAAAGGGGAGACUCUGAGCCACUGUGCUCACAAUGUUGGUGAGAAACAAGGGAUCAGAAUUCUUGCUUGCGACUCAGUGAGGCACGGCGUGACCUGAGAAACAAAAUGCUUGCUUGCUGUCUUCGUGCCUCCCUGGCUCCCCAGCUUUUCUGUACUAUUUUUCAUUUCUAUACCGUUAUUUAUUUUUGUAUUGAUUUUUUUAUGUGAAGGGCAAAGACGAUAGCGAUGCAUCAGUGGAGUCUGGGUCAUUAGCUCUGUUUAACGUGUCUCUUUUGUCCCCGUGCGCUGGCUGUCUUCGGUCAAACGGUUACGACAGCGGAUUGUGUGAUUGUUGUCCCGACAGCAUCAGAAGCACAAACUGAAAGGUCGGACGGACGAAAUUGAAGCAGUUAGCCGUGCUUGUUUUCUUUGAUGUCAUUUGAGGUAGGUGUUUGUUGAAUGUUCGAAUAGAUACAUGUGGUUUUGAAACAGAUGUACAAAAAAAAAAAUGAAUAAAAAAUGGUUGUGGAGAGCUUUACUUUACGGAACUGUUUUAUUGAUAUAUGAGAGAAAAUUAAAUGAGAUUAUGAAAAUAAAAUAUAUUUAAAGAUCAAAAAGGGGCAACUUUGUAUCCGUGUAUAUGUUAAAAAUUUCUUUCGGUUUAUUGCCUCUUUUUGUGAUGUCAAAACUUCCGUCUUGUCAGAAUCGCAGUCCAAGGGUUUGGGGGUAUGACCUUUGACCU